GCAUUGCGACGGGUGAGAGUUAAACUGGUUUGCAGAGGGAGGGCAAAAGAAAGAAAAAAGAGAGAGGGAGGAAGCGAACAGAGACUAGUUCGACCCUAGUGAAUUGCGAGGCAGCAGUCUACCGAAGGGAGUGUUUCGCCGCGACUUUGACAACGACUGUGCUGCCCGUUCUAGAAAGCUAAGCCACCGAAUAGCGUGUGCAACUGAAAAGCAGUCUCCUCUCCCAUUUCCAGCAACCAUGUCGGACGCCGACAAAUUCCUGUACGUGGACCGCAACCUGGUCAACAACCCGCUGGCACAAGCUGACUGGGCCAGCAAGAAGCUGGUGUGGGUCCCCUCAGAGCGCCUGGGGUUCGAGCCAGGCUCGGUGAAGGAGGAGCAUGGCGAUGAGUGCCUGGUGGAGCUGGCUGACUCAGGCAAGAAGGUCAAGGUCAACAAAGAUGACAUCCAGAAGAUGAACCCGCCCAAGUUCAGCAAGGUAGAGGACAUGGCUGAGCUAACCUGCCUGAACGAGGCAUCCGUCCUGCACAACCUGAAGGAGAGAUACUACUCUGGCCUCAUCUAUACAUACUCUGGCCUGUUCUGUGUGGUGAUAAACCCUUAUAAGAACCUGCCCAUCUACUCAGAAGAGAUCAUUGAGAUGUACAAAGGCAAGAAGAGGCAUGAGAUGCCGCCACACAUCUAUGCCAUCACCGACACAGCCUACCGCAGCAUGAUGCAGGAUCGUGAGGACCAGUCCAUCCUUUGCACGGGGGAGUCUGGUGCAGGGAAGACAGAGAACACCAAGAAGGUGAUUCAGUAUUUGGCACAUGUGGCGUCGUCCCACAAGACCAAGAAAGACCAGACCAGCGCAGUCCUGUCACAUGGGGAGCUUGAGAAGCAGCUGCUGCAGGCGAACCCCAUUCUAGAGGCUUUUGGCAAUGCCAAGACGGUCAAGAAUGACAACUCCUCCCGAUUCGGAAAGUUCAUCCGCAUCAACUUUGAUGUGAAUGGGUACAUUGUUGGAGCCAACAUUGAGACCUACCUGCUGGAGAAGUCCCGUGCCAUCCGCCAGGCCAAGGAGGAGAGAACCUUCCACAUCUUCUACUACAUGCUGACUGGAGCAGGAGACAAGAUGCGCUCGGAGCUGUGCUUGGAGAGCUACAGUAACUACCGCUUCCUGUCCAAUGGCAACAUCACCAUCCCAGGCCAGCAGGACAAGGACAUGUACAUGGAGACCAUGGAGGCCAUACGGAUCAUGGGAAUCCCUGAGGACGAGCAGCUUGGUCUGCUGAAGGUGGUCUCUGCUGUCCUGCAGCUUGGCAACAUGAACUUCAAGAAGGAACGCCACUCCGACCAGGCCUCCAUGCCAGAUGACACAGCUGCCCAGAAAGUGUGCCACCUGAUGGGAAUGAACGUAACAGACUUCACACGAGCCAUCCUGUCCCCAAGGAUCAAGGUGGGCCGCGAUUAUGUGCAGAAGGCGCAGACGCAGGAGCAGGCAGAGUUCGCGGUGGAGGCCCUGGCCAAGGCCACCUAUGAGAGGAUGUUCCGCUGGCUGGUCAUGCGCAUCAACAAGGCACUGGACAAGACCAAGCGGCAGGGUGCCUCCUUCAUUGGCAUCCUGGACAUCGCUGGCUUUGAGAUCUUUGAGCUGAACUCCUUUGAGCAGCUGUGCAUCAACUACACCAACGAGAAGCUGCAGCAGCUCUUCAAUCACACCAUGUUCAUCCUGGAGCAGGAGGAGUACCAGAGGGAGGGCAUUGAGUGGAGCUUCAUUGAUUUCGGCCUGGACCUGCAGCCCUGCAUUGAUCUCAUUGAGAAACCCGCCAGCCCCCCUGGCAUCCUUGCCCUGUUGGAUGAGGAGUGCUGGUUCCCCAAAGCCACAGACAAAUCGUUUGUGGAGAAGGUGGUGCAAGAGCAGGGCACUCACCCAAAGUUCCACAAGCCCAAGAAACUGAAGGACGAGGCUGACUUCUGCAUCAUCCACUACGCUGGCAAGGUGGACUACAAGGCGGACGAGUGGCUCAUGAAGAACAUGGACCCAUUGAACGACAAUGUGGCCACGCUGCUGAAUCAGUCCUCAGACAAGUUUGUGUCAGAGCUGUGGAAAGAUGUGGACCGCAUUGUUGGCCUGGAUAAGGUGGCAGGGAUGUCUGAGUCCAUCCCAGGGGCCUUUAAGACCCGCAAGGGCAUGUUCCGCACAGUGGGGCAGCUGUACAAGGAGCAGCUGUCCAAGCUGAUGGCCACGCUUCGCAACACCAACCCCAACUUUGUGCGCUGCAUCAUCCCCAAUCAUGAGAAGAAGGCUGGGAAGCUGGAUCCUCACCUGGUCCUGGAUCAGUUGAGGUGCAAUGGUGUUCUGGAGGGCAUCCGUAUCUGCAGGCAGGGGUUCCCCAACCGCAUCGUCUUCCAGGAGUUCCGUCAGAGGUACGAGAUACUCACACCAAACGCCAUCCCCAAGGGCUUCAUGGAUGGGAAACAGGCCUGUGUGCUCAUGAUCAAAGCCCUGGAGCUGGACCCUAACCUGUACCGAAUUGGCCAGAGUAAGGUAUUCUUCCGUGCUGGAGUCCUGGCCCACCUGGAGGAGGAGCGGGAUAUGAAGAUCACCGAUGUCAUCAUCAGUUUCCAGGCCUGGUGCCGGGGCUAUGUUGCCCGCAAAGCAUUUGCCAAGAGGCAGCAGCAGUUAACAGCCAUGAAGGUGAUCCAGAGGAACUGUGCUGCCUACCUGAAGCUCAGAAACUGGCAGUGGUGGAGGCUCUUCACCAAGGUGAAGCCGCUGCUGCAGGUGAGCCGACAAGAGGAGGAGAUGCAGGCAAAGGACGAGGAGCUGAUGAAGGUGAAGGAGAAGCAGCAGUACGCUGAGCAGCAGCUGCAGGAGAUGGAGGCCAAACAGCAACAGCUGUGUGCAGAGAAGAUGGCGCUGCAGGAGCAGCUGCAGGCAGAGACAGAGCUGUGUGCCGAGGCGGAGGAGAUGCGAGCGCGUCUCGCCGCCAAGAAGCAGGAGCUGGAGGAGAUCCUGCAUGACCUGGAGGCACGUGUGGAGGAGGAGGAGGAGCGGGCCACUCAGCUUCAGACGGAGAAGAAGAAAAUGCAGCAGAACAUUGCGGACCUGGAGCAGCAGCUAGAUGAGGAGGAGGCUGCCAGGCAGAAGCUACAGCUGGAGAAGGUUACCAUGGAGGCCAAGGUUAAGAAGGUGGAGGAGGAUGUGAUGGUGCUGGACGACCAGAACAACAAGCUCUUGAAGGAAAAGAAGCUUUUGGAGGAGAGAAUCUCAGAGUUCACCACCAACCUGGCUGAGGAGGAGGAGAAGUCCAAAAGCCUGCAGAAGCUGAAGAACAAACACGAGGCCAUGAUCACUGACCUGGAGGACCGUUUGCGCCGGGAGGAGAAGCAACGGCAGGAGCUGGAGAAGAACCGGCGCAAGCUGGAAGGUGACUCUACUGAGUUGCAUGACCAGAUUGCAGAACUACAGGCCCAGAUUGCUGAGCUCCGUGCGCAGCUCGCUAAGAAGGAGGAGGAGCUUCAGGCCGCUUUGGCCAGGAUUGAGGAGGAGGCGGCCCAGAAAAACCUUGCCCAGAAGAAGAUCAGGGAACUGGAGGCACAGCUGUCGGAGCUUCAGGAGGACCUGGAGCUGGAGCGUGCGGCGCGUGCCAAAGCCGAAAAGCACCGCAGGGACCUGGGGGAGGAGCUGGAAGCCCUGAAGACCGAGCUGGAGGACACUCUGGACUCCACUGCAGCGCAGCAGGAGCUCAGGACGAAGCGAGAGACCGAGGUGGCCCAGCUGAAGAAGACUCUGGAGGAUGAGGCCAGAAUCCACGAGCAGCAGGUGCUGGAGAUGCGACAGAAACAUAGCCAGGCUUUUGACGAGCUCAACGAGCAGCUGGAGCAGGCAAAGAGGAACAAGGUGUCCAUGGAGAAGGCCAAGCAGGCACUGGAAAGUGAGCGGAACGAGCUGGCCAUUGAGCUGCAGACACUGAUGCAGGGCAAGGGCGAGUCAGAGCACCGGCGCAAGAAGGCCGAGGCGCAGGUGCAAGAGCUGCAGGUGAAGCACACCGAAAGCGAGAAGCAGCGGCAGGAGCUCGCCGACAAAGUGGUCAAGAUGCAGAUGGAGCUGGACAAUGUCAACAGUCUUCUUAGCGAGGUUGAGGGCAAGUCCAUCAAGGCAGCCAAAGACUGCUCCACUGUGGAGUCUCAGCUCCAGGACGUGCAGGAGCUGCUGCAGGAAGAAACACGGCAGAAACUGGCCCUGUCCACACGGAUGCGGCAGAUGGAGGAUGAGCAGAACAACUUGCGGGAGCAACUGGAGGAGGAGGAGGAAGCAAAGAAGAACGUGGAGAAGCAGCUGUACAAUGUACAGGCCCAGUUGGCCGAGAUGAAGAAGAAGAUGGAGCAGGAGGCAGGCUGUCUUGAGAGCGCAGAGGAAGGGAAGAAGAGGCUGCAGAGGGACUUGGAAAGCACAACCCAGAGGCUGGAGGAGAAAAUUGCUGCCUAUGACAAGCUGGACAAGACCAAGACCCGGCUGCAGCAGGAGUUGGAUGACCUGAUGGUGGACCAGGACCAUCUGAGGCAGAUCGUCUCCAACCUGGAGAAGAAGCAGAAGAAGUUUGACCAGCUACUGGCGGAGGAGAAGGCUAUCUCCAGCCGCUUCGCAGAGGAGCGGGACCGAGCUGAGGCUGAGGCCCGUGAGAAGGAAACCCGCGCUCUGGCACUGACCCGUGAGCUGGAGACCAUCACGGACCUAAAGGACGAGCUGGACCGGGCCAACAAGCUGCUCCGAGCAGAGAUGGAGGACCUGGUCUCCUCCAAGGAUGACGUGGGAAAGAGCGUUCACGAGCUGGAGAAGGCCAAGCGUGGGAUGGAGCAGCAGCUGGAGGAGAUGCGUACACAGCUAGAAGAGCUGGAGGAUGAGCUCCAGGCCACAGAGGAUGCCAAGCUGAGGCUGGAGGUCAACAUGCAGGCCAUGAAAGCCCAAUUCGAGAGAGACCUGCAGGGCCGUGACGAGAUGGGUGAGGAGAAGAAGAAGCAGCUGGUCAAACAGGUGCGGGAGAUGGAGAUGGAGCUGGAGGACGAGAGGAAGCAACGCUCUGUCGCUGUGGCAGCCCGCAAGAAACUAGAGCUGGACCUGAAGGAGCUGGAGGCAGCCAUCGACAUGGCCAACAAGAACCGCGACGAGGCCCUGAAACAGCUGAAGAAGUUGCAGGCUCAGAUGAAGGAUGUGCUGCGGGAGCUGGAGGACACACGGAUGUCCCGCGAGGAAAUCCUGGCCCAGUCUAAGGAGACAGAGAAGAAGUUGAAGGGCAUGGAGGCUGACAUGAUCCAGCUGCAGGAGGAGCUGGCUGCUGCAGAGAGGGUGAAGCGACAGGCCCAGCAGGAACGGGAUGAGCUGCAGGAUGAGAUCAACAAUCAGGCCAGCAAGAAUGCUCAGGUCGCAGAGGAAAAACGCAGGCUGGAGGCACGCAUUGCUCAACUGGAAGAAGAACUGGAGGAGGAGCAGUGCAACACAGAGCUUGUUAACGACCGUCUGAAGAGAGCCCAGCUGCAGACUGACCAGAUCAAUGUGGAGCUGACAGCUGAGCGCAGUACCUCGCAACGGCUGGAGGGGGCACGUGCACAGCUAGAGAGACAGAACAAAGAGCUGAAGCUGAAGCUGCAGGAGCUGGAAGGAACAGUGAAGAGCAAGUACAAGGCCAGCAUCGCUGCCCUGGAGGCUAAAAUUGCCCAGCUGGAGGAGCAACUGGACAUCGAGACACGGGAGCGGCAGUCAGCCUCCAAGCUGUUGCGCCGCACUGAGAAGAAGCUGAAAGAGGUUUGCCUGCAGGUGGAUGACGAGAGACGUAACACUGAACAAUACAAAGACCAGGCGGACAAACUUAACUCCAGAAUGAAGCAGCUGAAGAGGCAGCUGGAAGAGGCUGAGGAGGAGGCCCAGAGAGCCAAUGCCAAUCGCCGCAAGCUGCAGCGUGAGCUGGAGGAUGCCACAGAAUCUGCCGAUGCCAUGAACCGUGAGGUCAGCAGCCUCAAGAGCAAGCUCAGGCGUGGGGACUUGCCUUUUACCAUGCGGCGCAUCGUCAGCCGUGCAGGAAUCGAGAGCGAUGAGGAGAAUGAGACCAAGAGCGAGACCCCUGAACCCAAACCUGAGUAACCUGUCUGCCACUAAACUCUACAACACCAACAGGCUGGAGUGGUGAACUGCAACUCACACUUAGCAUAGACAAAUACAUGUACAACACUGUUAACAUGCAAACUAAUGCCAAGACACAUUACUGUAACAGACAUUGACACAUGAACACAUUGAAUACUGUACUCCACAAUACUGUUGUAUACUGAUGUACAGUUGACAAUCUUUUUGAUAAUUUCACUGAAGUUGAUAGACAAUCUACACAAUGCUACUCAACUCUGAGAAUCAACAGGCAGAUACACGCUCUUCCUUCUUGGAAUUUGAAUAUGAAUGAUAUUUUUGUAAGGAAACAUUUCCAAUUAUGUUGUUCCUUUUUCUGGGUCUAUUUUUCUAACUCAAUGAAGAAAUAUAAAAUGGAAAAAAAACAUACACAAAGGGGACCAAAGUAAUAUCUAGAGAUUCAUAUUUUGUUCUGAAGAUUUUAUAACGGUUGAAGUAUGAAGGUUUAUGUAUCUCUUAUCUUUUCUGCACCUCUGUUCUUAAUGCAGGGAGAAAUUGUGCUGAAAUUUACUGUUGAAUUUAUUAUUAAAUUUAGCUGCAUCACACAUGAUAAUGCUUAGGGCUUUAUACAAGAACUGUAGUUUAGCACUUGCCACAUGCGCUCAUAUUUGGAUGUAUGCAUUUAGAUGCACACAUGCAGAAGUAAAUUAAUAUACAUUGCAACACACUGAAAUUUCUGAAGAGCUGCAUGUCAGUGCACAUGUGUCCUUGAAGGAGAUUUUGCACUGAGCAUCUCCAUGUGUUUCAGGUUACAUAGCAAACUCACUGUACACACCUAUGCACAGGUCAGAAGGGCAAGAUUGAGGUAGAUGCACUUAGCACCCAGAAGUAUGACAUGAACUCUUAAGUGCUUUUAAGCAGAUGCAAAUAAGCACCAUAGCCUUAUAAACCACAGUUAAAUUCUGCUGUUUGUGUUGUUUUUUUUUUUUUUUUUUUUGGGGGGGGGGGGGCAUGUCUAAUUUUAUACUUAUUUCUUUAUCACUUUCAAUGUUUUAUUGAUAUGCAGGGCUGCUGGGGGUGGUGGGUGGUAAUCUUUCACGGCGCACACUUUCUUUUCUGGGCACAGCUUUGUGGAAGACUGCUAGAUUGGCUGAGGCGGUUUCAUUAACCCUGCCCCCCCCCCCCCCAUGUACACACUCAUGAAGUUGAAAGUACUCUGGCAGGGUCAUGUUUCCCUCUGCAUCCCAUGUUGUGUUUCUGUCCCUUUUCUCUGAGCACCUCCACCCCCGUUCUCCUCUUGCUCUGACCCAGAGAUGAGGGAGGGAGCGGGUGUUCUGUGAAGUAUCUAGCGUGAUAGAGCGGAAGGUCAAAGGCUUGCGAGCGACCCGUGAGCUGUGUUGUUUAGCUUUGUUUUCCGCUCACACUGCUGGGAAGCGAGAGGAUUAUUAUACAUGGGUAAAUUUGAUAUUGAAUCUCUUGUGUGAUUAACUCCUAAUUUUAUACUGUUCAUUUUUCUCUGCUGCUCAGAAAAAAAUAAAUAUAAAAGAUGAAUCCUGAAGUUGGUAUUAUUGCAAUAAAGAUGGCUUUCUCAACCGCUA